AUGGGGAAGCCAGGGCAUCAUCACUUAAUCUUGCUUCGCUUCAUCUGGUUAUCAUGUCUGAGCAUUGGGCAAAACAAAGUCUAUGCUCAGGGAACCACCACUUCCAACAAAUCUAGAAACACUACUAGUUCAAUUGAUGUUGGCGUUAUUCUUGACACUAAGACAUGGCUGGGAAACAUAAGCUGGAGCUGCAUGUCCAUGGCCAUGGAGGACUUCUACAAUUCUCACUCAAACUUCACCAAAAGGCUCUCUCUUCAUUUGCAAGAUGUCAACAAGGAUGAUCGUAUUGCUUCUGCUUCUGCAGCUAUUGAUCUUUUGAAGAAUGUUCAAGUGCAAGCUAUAAUUGGACCACAAACAUCAAGACAAGCUAAGUUUGUGAUUGAGCUUGGAAAGCGAUUGCUCAAGUUCCAAUCAUCUCUUUCACUUUUGCUAAGAGCCCUUCUCUUUCAACAAAAGCGCAGGACAUCGUGGACCUCUAUGGAUCAUCGACAACCGAUUGUAAUGCAAGGUGUUUUGGGCAUUAAACCUUAUGUCAGUGAAAAUAACCGCAGGCUUCAAGAUUUCAAGGCAAGAUUUGUAAAGAAAUUCAAGUUGGAGAAUCCAUCCUCUUUCUUGACAAAUUAUACAUUCUUGAUGAACAAUGUGAGGAAGAACUCUACUGAUUUGGAAAGUAUUGGUAAAUCUCAGACUGGAUUAGAACUUGUCCAGUGGAUCUCGAAUACCACAUUUGAUGGAGUUGGUGGGAAGUUUCAGCUGAUUGAUGGACAGCUUGAGACAAACAACUUUGAGAUUGUUAAUGUUGUUGGAAAUGGGAGACACAGGAUUGGAUUUUGGACACCAGCUAAUGGUUUUUCUAUGGAAUUAAAUGCAAAAAAGGAUGUUAAGGCUGAAGUUAUUAAUUGGCCUGGUACUAAUUCUGCUCAUGUUCCUCCUAGAGGAUGGGAGUGGCCAACCAAUGGGAGAAAUCUUAGUGUUGGCAUUCCGGUGAAAUCUGGUUUCUGUGAGUUUGUGAAUGUUACUGUUAAUGAUUCUUCAAUUCGACCAACAGGUUACUCCAUUGAAAUCUUUGAUAAAGUAAUGGCUGCAUUGCCUUAUAAAGUCAAUGAUACUUAUGAAUACUUUGUCAAUGAGAAGGGCGAAAUGAGUGGAAGUUAUGAUGAUCUUAUUUAUCAGGUGUACCUCAAGAGAUAUGAUGCUGUAGUUGGGGAUAUAACAGUGAUAGCAAACCGAUCUCAGUAUGUUGAUUUCACUGUGCCAUACACCGAGUCUGGUGUGUCUAUGGUUGUCCCUGUCAUGGAUCGGCGUAGAAAGAAUGCAUGGACAUUUGCAGAGCCAUUAAGCACAAGCCUCUGGAUUGCAAGUGGUGUAUUCUUCAUCUUCACAGGGAUUGUGGUUUGGAUUUUAGAACACCGUGUUAAUUUAGAAUUCAGAGGUCCUCCAUCUAACCAAAUCGGCACAAUCUUCUACUUCACUUUCUCGACUCUUGUCUUCGCUCACAGGGGGAGCAUGAUGAACAAUAUAUCAAGGAUUGUUCUUAUUAUUUGGUUGUUUGUAGUCCUGAUUCUGCAGCAAAGUUAUACUGCAAGCUUAUCGUCGAUAUUGACAGUGGAACAACGCCAACCAACUCUCACUGAUUUCAGUGAGCUUAUAAGGAGCAAAAGCAAAGUUGGCUACAUGGUUGGUUCAUUCGUGCUUCGUCUUUUGAAAGGGUCGAACUUUGAUGAAUCUAGACUCAUUCCAUACAAAACCUCAGAUGAGUAUGAAGAGGGAUUAAGCAGUGGAACAGUGGCUGCCAUUAUCGAUGAGAUUCCUUACCUCAAAGCGUUCCUCCACAAUCACUGUGGCAAAUACACCAUGGUUGGACCUAUAUACAAAACCAAUGGAUUUGGCUUUGCAUUUCCCAUAGGAUCACCAAUGGUUGUAGAUAUUUCAAGAGCCAUAUUAAACAUUACAGAGAAGAAAGAAAAAAUGGAAGACCUUGACCAACAUUACUUGUAUGAUGAUGUUGAAGCAUGUUCUGUUGAGGAAGAUGGUUCAUCUUCAAGCAUGAUUACUUUCAAGAGCUUUUGGGGAUUGUUUCUCAUCACUGGUGUGAUCUCCAUGCUUGCGUUUCUGAUACAUAUAUCCAUGUUCUUCUAUCAGAAUUGGAGCAUUGUCAGAGAUGCUGAUCCUGAGUUAUCAUUUGGGCAAAGACUUCUUUUGUUGAUGAGACACCAUGACAGGCCAGACUUACAAUGUGCUGAUGCAUUCAAGGAGAAAAAAGAAGAGGAAAUGGUUGCACUGGAGAUGCAGAGUUCAGUGAGCGCUUCUUAUAACGGACAUGAUGAUCAUGUUGUAGGGAAUGUGGAUGAUGAUGAUGAUGAUGAUGAUGAUUUCUAUGUGGGGGUUCCGUUAGGGGAGUUUGGCAGCAGAUGUAAUCUUCAUUAUGCUGAUGAUCUACUUGUUUUGACCACUGGUGGUCUGGAAGAUCUAAGAAUUGUUAAGUUGAUUUUAUUUAUGUUUGAGGGGAUAACUAGUCUAGCCACCAAUUUCUCUAAAACAUGCCUUUAUUCUUCGGACCUUGGGAAACUCCCUGAGGUGGAUGUGACUGACACGCUUAGUUGUGAAAGGGGAUUGCUUCCAGUUACGUAUCUUGGUAUCCCUAUAUCUAGAAGAAGACCAAGGAAACAAGAUUGGGAGGGCCUCAUUUCUAAGAUUAGAAAGAGGCUAGCUUCGUGGAAAGUAAGACAUGUUUCUUUGGGGGUAGACUCACACUGGUUAACGCGGUUCUUACUGCGAUAUCUACGUACUGGAUGUCCCUGUUUCGGCUACCCUGGGGGAUCAUCAAGGAAAUUAACCAGUAAGACAUGUUUCUUUGCUAGAAAUGAUUGCAUGUUUAAUGCUAAUAUGGUGUCUGUACAUGCUCUAAUUUUGAAGAUUGAUCGAAUAUUAUUAUCCUGGUUUUCUACAUUUAAUGAGAAAUCGAGAGCAAAGAUGGAGGAGCAUUCUACUACCAUCAGGCGUAGUCUGGAGUUUCUGAGCUCUACGGGGGAUGAGUAG